AUGUCGUCGGCCCUCGAGGCCAAGAUAGUCGUGCUGGGCUCGCAGGGCGUCGGCAAGACCUCGUUGGUCAUGCGGUACUGCAAGGGCGCAUUCCAGCCCUCCCAGCUGACCUCCACCGUCGGCGCAAGCUUCAUGACCAAGCGCGUCGUCGACAGCGAUACCGAUACCGUUCUCCGCCGUGCCCCCGACCCAAAUGCUGACCAUCUCGUCUUUGGGCCACUUACAGCCGGCCAGGAAAGGUUCCGUUCCAUCUCGCGCCUCUACUACCGGGGCGCUAACGCCUGCAUCCUGUGCUACUCCAUCACCGACGCCCAGAGCUUUGCCGACAUGGGCGCCUGGCUGACCGAGCUCCGCCGCAACCUGCCCCACGACAUCGUCCUCCACGUCGUCGGCACCAAGUCCGACGUGGUCGCCCGCGAGCCCUCCAAGCGCGAGGUCCCCUUCGAACGUUGCAUUGCUUACGUCGCCGAGAAUCUCGCCCCGGGCCUUAGCUCCACGCCUCCGCCGACCGCUACCCCCGGACACCUCAGCGCGCCCGGCGCCGGGAGUCUCAGCGGCAGCGGCGGCUUCUUUUCCAGCAGCGACUGCACGUCCGCCGAGCCCCGUAGUCCCACCUCGAAGCGGUCGUCCGGGUUCUGGGGCCAAGAAGUAGGCUGGGACGCCUGCCACGAGAUCAGCGCCGAGUCGGGCGAGGGCGUCGAGGAGGUGUUCAGGGUCGUCACACGGAAGCUCGUCGAGCAGAACCGCAAGAUGUCGGCGGCCCUGCUGGCCGCUACUGCGACUCCCGGCCUCACGCCCGGCCAGGAGGGCGCCGGCAGCAGCUAUGAAGGCGCCGGCGGUCCCGGGGGCUACUUCGACGGGGCAAACCCCAGGGGCAGCUUCAGGGUUGGCAGGGACAGGCGGUCGUGGUUGUUCUCGCCCAACUUUUCCCCUGCCGUGACCAUCGAGCGGGGGGCGGGCGCGCAGCAACAGGACGGGGAGCACCACCCAGACGCUGAGCAGCGCAGGGGAAAGAAGUGUUGCUGA